ACACAUAAAUAGACACAUUGAUAUUGGACAACAUGGGAAGGGGGCGUUGACUGCCACAUUCACGUGUUACGUAAAAGACCUUGAUAAAGGCACUGAGCUGUGUCCAUGCUGCUGUGAGCUGCUUCUGGAGGACUGACCCCAACAACACAAUCAUACAAUAGCCUCUUUUUUUAUUUUAUCAAAAGCACAGACAGGCUGCACGGAAAGAUGGCGGCUUCCUUGCUGAGGAUAGGUCGACUGGGCUGUGUCAGGUGUUUGCAGGCUGAGAGCUGGAGUACUCUGAGUAGAGCACCUGUAGCCUUUAGCACAAAAUCCGGGGGUCCCAAGAAGUCGGUGAAAAAGACCAAGUCAGACAAAGACCAGGCUAAAACAUACUUCGAUGUAGAGAAACUUGUCCAGCACAAGUUAUAUGAGCUUCCCAAGAAAGAAGUUUCUUCAGCAGCAGCUGUUUCAGCAGCAGAAGCUGCAGCUACACCAGCUGCAGAGCCCACACCAGCUGCUGCUGAGGCUGUGGCAACCACCCUUGUGGUAGAAGCUGCCGUCCCACUGGUUGAAGCCACUCCAAUUGUUGAUGUUGUCCCUGAAUCUGCACCUGUUGUUGAGGCUAUCGCUGAAGUAAUUGCCGAAGUUGCUCCCGUGGUUGAAGCUGUUGCUGAAGUGGUUGCUGAAGUUACUCCCGGGGUUGCUCCCAUGGUUGAAGCUGUUGCUGAAGCGGUUGCUGAAGUUGCACCUGUGGUUGAAGCUGUUGCUGCUCCAGUGGUUGAAGCUGUUGCUGCUCCAGCAGCUGAAGCUGCCACCCCAGUUGUUGAAGCUGCUGCAGCACCAGAACCGGCUGCUGAAGUUCCUGUCGAAGCUGCUCCAGAAGCUGUACCAGUUGUGGAAGCUGCCCCUGAGGUUGUCCCUGCUAAAGCCCCUGUAGAAGCUGCCGCUGCCCCUGUAGGAGCUGAGGCUGCCGCUGCCCCAGCUGAGGCUGCCCCUGUAGGAGCUGAGGCUGCCGCUGCCCCAGCUGAGGCUGCCCCUGUAGAAGCUGCCGCUGCCCCAGCUGAGGCUGCCCCUGUAGAAGCUGCCGCUGCCCCAGCUGAGGCUGCCCCUGUAGAAGCUGCCGCUGCCCCUGUAGAAGCUGCCGCUGCCCCUGUAGAAGCUGCCGCUGCCCCAGCUGAGGCUACCCCUGUAGAAGCUGCCGCUGCCCCAGCUGACGCUGCCCCUGUAGAAGCUGCCGCUGCCCCUGUAGAAGCUGCCGCUGCCCCUGUAGAAGCUGCCGCUGCCCCAGCUGAGGCUGCCCCUGUAGAAGCUGCCGCUGCCCCAGCUGAGGCUGCAGCUGCCCCAGCUGAGGCUGCAGCUGAAGUUUCUGCUCCUGUAGAGAGCACCGAGGAGUUGGUGGGCCCUGCUCCAGUCCUAGCCGAAGCUGCAGGAGAGGAGCUGCAGGCGGACGCCCCCGCUGAACCAGCUGAACCGUUUGAGGUUCAAAUGGACCCAAUUCAGAAGCUCUUCCUGGACUCCAUACGCGAGUACUCCACAAAAAGCCGAGCUACUGGGGGGCUAGUCGAUGCAGGUUCAGAGUAUGAGAAGACCUUGGCAGAGGAGGUAGCAAAGCUUCAGCGACUCUAUGGUGGUGGAGACCUUGCAUCUUUUCCAGAGUUGAAAUUCACAGAGGCCAAGUUUGAUUGAAGUUUCCCAGAAGUGAACAAUCGCACUUUGCAGUUUUCUAAUGUCUCCUUUUUUCCUGUACAUCAUACAUCUGUGUGUUGACCGUCUGCUUAAUAUCAAAGUUCCAACAAACCAUUGGAUAUAGCUUUAUAUGUAAGAAAUUAGAGCCGUUUCAGUAGCUACAUGUUUUAUGGAAGUGAAAGCUUAAGCAUUAGAUGUACAUUUCUGGCAGACAAAGUGAAUUUAGAGCUGUGAAAUAAGCUUUGUAUUGAUUGAUCCAUGGCUGAGCUGAAUGUGAAUUAAAAACAAUAAAUUCCAGUUUGUAUUUGU